AAAUCCAAUAAAAUCAAAUCAAAACAAAGCAAAACUUUAUUUAUAAAACAGUUCUUCUCAUACUUUUGUAGCUCAAAGCACCUAAAAAAACAAAGACAUAGAUGUUAAAAUAAAAACCCAACUCACCCUUUUCUCUUCAUUUCCACAUACAACCCAAGACCCCAAACACAAUGAAUACUUAUAAAUAUUAACUUCCAAAAGAAACUUAAGGCUCUGCUGUGAGGAAAACGUAUUUGGGAAUCCAUUCAUACCAGGAGCCAGAUCUGCUAGAGAACGUCGCCACAGUGCACCCAGACUGAGACAGCAAUGGGGUCCAUCUGACAACCUCAAGGAAAGAGCAAGACACACCUGCGCUUCCUGUAAGAUCCCGCCGCUCCUCUCUACGACCAUCCAUGGACCCGGACAACCCCAAAACCAGCAGGUCCUACACAGGAUGUUUCAGCAGAACCCGAUAUGGAGCAGAAGCUGCGCUCCGCCUCCAGCGUGGAUGAACUGAUGACUCUUAUCUAUCCUUCAUACUGGGCUUCUCUGAAGUGCAGAUCAAAACUUUCUGCUGCUGCUGUCGCAUCAAAACAUUCCCAGAGGCCGCAGCCUCACCGGCUGAGGCCGCCGGCGGAUACAGAAGAGCCUACAUACGCUGCCGCCUUCCUCAACUUGGAUGUCCUAAAAAGUAUAGAGUCGGAAUGGAGGAAGACUCAAUGCAUGCCCAGAGAAGUGUGUGUUGACGUGGGCAGGGAGUUUGGGGCUCCCACAAACGUCUUCUAUAAGCCACCCUGUGUGUCCGUCUACAGAUGUGGAGGGUGCUGCCACUCAGAAGAUAAACAAUGCAGGAAUAUCUCCACUGGUUACCUCAGCAAAACUCUUUUUGAGAUCACAGUUCCAAUCACCCAAGGCACCAAACCGGUGACUAUCAGUGUGGCCAACCACACCCAGUGCAGCUGCCUGUCCAAACUGGACAUCUACAAACAAGUUCACAGCAUCAUCAGAAGAGCCCUGCCUGAGUGUCCGCUUGCUAACAGGACGUGUCCUCCCGGUCAGUCCUGGAGCUUCAGGCAGUGUCGGUGCAUCAGCUCGCCGCACCACUCGGCCCCCCCACCACUGCCUCCUUCACGGCCCUCGCAGCCAAACCCUGACAUAUUCUCAUCAGACGUGUGCGGACCAGAGAAGGAGCUGGAUUUGGAAAGCUGUCAGUGUGUGUGUCGGAGUGGAAAUCCGGACUGCGGCCCAAACAAACACUUUGACAAAAACACCUGUCAGUGCGUUUGCAACGUGUUGUCUGCAGCGUCGUGCCCUGUGAACCACAUCUUUAACAAGGAUACCUGCCAAUGCACCUGCAGCAAGACGUGUCCGAGGCACCAGCCUCUCAACAGGUCAAAGUGCUCCUGUGAAUGUAAUGAGUCUCCAAAUAAAUGCUUCCUGAGGGGAAGGAGGUUUCACCAAGCCUCAUGCAGUUGCCUCCGGCCUCCGUGCGACGUCAGAAGGCGAAAAUGUGAACGAGAUUUCUCUUUCAGCGAGGAGGUGUGUCGCUGCGUUCCGUCCCACUGGAGGCGGCCGAACUAACCUCCGGCUCGCGUCACGCCAACCAAACGCUAAAGACCAGACUCGAGCAGUAGAAUUAUCACCCAUCACCUGCUGGUCAAGAGGAUUCCCAUCAGCUGUGAUGGCAGCUAAGUGAAGGACCCUGACGGACAUGGGGGGGUAACCUUAGCAGUUUGUAAGGCAAAUAUGGGAAUUUGGGUGAAAAAUGCACUGAUUUUGCCACAAGGACGUUUUUACUAAGAGCCUGAAGCCCCAUAUCUAAGGAAGGACUGAAAUAAAGAGUCGACGCUCAAAUUUGUUUAAAACUAUUGUGGAAAAAUUUGUUAUGAAAUAUUUCUUGGUGGGUGGGGGAGGAGGGAUGUUAAUUAUGUCUCAGUAUUCUUAUGUCAGAUAUUGACUAUAUAAUUUAUUAAAUGCUAUUUUUCAA